AUGGCGCACGAGUACUACCCCUACUACACGCCCAUGCCGGUGCACCUCUCUCCCGCGCCGAUGCCAGUGCCCGUUUCUGCGCCGAUAAGUGUACCGGCCUAUCCCUCGCCAUAUGUCUACGCGUAUCCCGCCCCCGCAUCACCGUAUGCAGGCUCUCCGCAAAGUGCACACUCGGCCCCUUCCGUGCACUCGGUCCCUUCCUCCUACUCCUCGCAGUCUUCCCAUUCCUCGCUAUCUAGUCACUCGGCUCUGAACCCGAUAACACCUCCCUACUCACCUUACUCUCCUCCUUCACCUUACGCCGAUGUUCCGUUCCCGCACUGUCACUCGCCCGAGAGUUACCACAAGUACGCUGCACAGCUUCACUACGCCUCCCUGACCGAGCUCGAAGCCUGCAUCGAGGCGCAGGAUAUCGGUCGAUCCCUCGACUGUCUUGACAAGUAA